AUGCUAAUAUAAUAUUAUCAGGAGAGAAACAAACUGACUAUCCAAUUUGGUUUUUAUUCUCCUAUCCUAACAUUCCAUAAACAUGUAGAGCUAUCAUAACUACCAGAGGCUAAUGUAGUACCAUCAAAGGAGAGACAAACUGACAUGAUGGAAUUAUUCGGUCCAUCUAAUUUGGCUUUAUGUUAUCCUAUCUUAACAUCCCAUAAGCGGAUAGAGGUAUUUGAACCACCUGAUGCUAAUGUAGUACCAUCAGGAGAAAAACAGACUGAUACAACUGAAUUUUAAUUACUUUUUUAUUAUCCGGUUUUAGCAUCCCAUAUAUGGAUAGAGUCGUCCCAACUGA